CACCGCACGGUAGCACGUGACAUUUGACGGAGAACAACACAGAUUAACACACGUGUUAAUCUGUGAGAAUACUUUCAGUUUUAUAAUAUGAAAAUAAAUCAGAACACGAAAAUUGUCGGAGAUAAGAUCGUUUUAGUUCCGUAUAAGGAACAACACGUGCCUAAAUACCAUUUAUGGAUGCAAGAUUCGGAAUUACGCGAACUGACGGCUUCCGAACCUUUAAGCUUGGAACAAGAAUACGGAAUGUGUAAAUCGUGGAGAGAAGACGACGAUAAAUGUACUUUCGUUGUACUCGAUAAAGAAGAAUACGAAGCGACAAAUGACGAAAUAGAAUCUAUGAUAGGAGACGUGAACUUAUUUUUAACGGUAGACGACAGAAGCGAAGCUGAAGUAGAAAUUAUGAUAGCGGAAAGUUCAAAAAGAGGACAAGGAAGAGGAAAGGAAGCGCUUUUAUUUAUGAUGCGAUACGGCAUAGAAGAGUUAAAAAUAACUUCGUACAUUGCUAAAAUCAAAAUGAAAAAUUUGAUAAGCAUACAGAUAUUUGAGAAAAUAGGAUUUAAUAAAAUAUCUGAAAGUGAUUUUUUUCAAGAAGUUACCUUAGAAUUAUUAGUCGACGAUCAUUUCUAUAGCUAUUUGAUGGAUUGCACUCUUAGUUAUAAUUUGUUAAGAUCAUAACUGAUCUCGACUGUUUCGAAAUCGAUUUUUUGGUACGAAUUAAAUUGGGGUUUUGCAAGUUUUACCGAGCUGGCUCGGCUAACUUGCAAAACUAUUUUGUACCUAAUGAGUUUAUAAAGGAAUUAUAUAGUACAGUAUGGAAAUUAGAGCUGCGGCAAAGAUCUAGAAGAUCUGCAGUUUUGCCACCAUUGGUGUGCAUAUAUAUAUGUUGAUUGUAUACUUUAUAUGUGAAUUUCUUAAAAUGCCAAUGCUUAUUGUUAUCUGGAAUUAAAUGAAUUAUUUAAAAUAAACAGAUAAAAACUAUAUUAUGUCGUUAUUCAAUCAUAUGCUGUGAUUAAUUUGAAAUAAAUUUCUACUAAAUCGGUACUGUUUAUAUCAAGCUUGCUUUGUUUCAAAAUAUUGCUUGUAAGAUACUAUGGAAUGUUAUUAGUUAACUCCAUAAGAAUCUUGUUAAUGCAUAAGGCAAUGCAAUGACUUUCUUGUGUGUAUA